AUGUCUGCAAGUAACCCUUGCCCAUCGUCGCGUCUGGCUGGCCUGAAAUCCUUCAUCUCCAAACAGAACCUUCGCACGUAUAUACCAACUCGCCGAGCGCUCAGACAAGGGGAGAGCGGUUACGUUGAUGGGCGGACGACAAUGCAGAGCUGGAGUCAGUGGGUGGGUAAGAAAAUCAGAUGGAGUGGAUCAGAUGUGACAACCACGGACGAAGUGACUCUAUUUCCUGGCUGGGUAUCACGGUGGCUUGUGAGUGAGCAUGAGGAUGAAAAUGCAUUUGACUUACUUGUUUAUGUCUCGGGCUAUGCGACGACACGCAGGUCGCCAGAAUUUCUUACCCGCUCUCAGCGUGCGUUUCUGAGACUAGCUAGAAGUUAUGCAUCUCUACCCAAACUACCGGGUCAACAGUCGCCCGUCAAAGGAUCAUCUAUGAUAGAAAUAGACGGCAUCAGGCUACCUCCCCGUCCAGACGAAAUAGCAGAUGACUUCGAGAUGGAACUAGACAAGGAAUUCGAACACAUGAGGGACCCACAAUAUCCUCGACUUACUGAAGAACCAUAUGAAUCUGAGUCUGACCCUCAACCGACACCUUCAGCGCCGUUUGCGAGCGCUCUACUCCAUAAACAACACAAGAACCUCGAGGCGCGUCUGCGACCAUUUUGGUCAUCCGCGUUAUCAUCCCGCACUGUCCAAAUAUCCAUUUUUGCUGUAUCUACUACCCCAGGCGACAUCCAUUCGAAACGUGACGCUCUCAAGGAUGACGGCGCCUUCGCAAACCCCUUCAAGAUUCCCUGGCAGGAUCUAUCUAGGCAUCCUAUAGCACGGCACAGACAAUCCGACGGAUCGGAUGUAGAGCAUGAGCUACUCGUUUCUGCAAAGCUGUUACCUGAGCCUGCGCCCACACCCGCAUACCUGUUUCACACAGACGUUCCAAAGAACAUUUCGCUGGUUGUUCCAAUCACAUUUUCACCCAUCCAUGUAAUAACAGACAUAGACGAUACUAUCAAGCUCUCAAAUAUCACGAGUGGUGCUCGUGCCGUCUUCCGCAACGUUUUUGUUAAAGACCUCGAGGAAACGACUAUUCCAGAGAUGGGGACAUGGUACAAGUCAAUGUGGGAGCGAGGCGUUCGCUUCCAUUACGUCUCUAAUUCCCCCUUUGAACUCCUCCCAGUCAUCAAAGAUUUUUUGCAGAUAUCCGACCUUCCGCACGGAUCUAUUGCCCUUAAAUCUUACAGUGGUAGAUCCUUCUUCAAUGCCCUUCUUUCUGAUCCCGCCACUCGCAAGCGUGCAAAUGUGGUUGAAGUCCUUGAUGGUUUUCCUGACUCGAAGUUCAUCCUAAUUGGGGAUUCAGGCGAGCAAGAUCUGGAGCUGUAUGCAUCCAUCGCCAUGGAGCGUCCCCAGCAGAUUCUGGCUGUGUUCAUCCGAGAUGUACACAAUGCAGGACUUGCGGAUGCUACAGGUAGUUCGGCGAGUCUCAUGUCCACGAAGGCUCCCGGGCCUGUCAAGAAGACGAGCUUGCCACCACAACCCCUUGCUACUCGUCCACACCCCCUUCGUUCGAUGUCUGACCCGGAUACUUUGAAAGAGUUGGGGCCGUAUGCCGCAAAACCGGGGCCAUCCGUGAAGAGGAGACCCACCUCCAAAUUGACCCUGCUUCCACAAUCAUUUUCCUCAUUUGAUAUUCCCGCAAAUUCAGAUUCCAAAACCAAAACGAGGAUGUCUGUGGACUCCAUAAGCUCGAUUGGGUCGAGUUCCAGCUCUUUAUCUUUGCGCAACUUCAGGCGGGCGACUGGUCAGACUACGCCAUCUAUGACGGAGGCGGAGAAGAAGCGCUUCGAGCUGCAGAACCGCGUAAACAAAGCGAAAUUGAUGAUGGGGUCUGACGUCAUUCUGCGAGUGUUCAAGCUCCCAGAGGAGUGUAUAGAGACUGAGCGGCUUCUAGGGCCACUGAAAGAUGAGAUCGGGAGACCCACAUAG